ACGGAUUAGAAGAGAAUAUUUGGUUAACUGCGCAUCUCGGCUCGAGUGUAAACACUCGAAGUAACCGGUACAACACAACAACAAUAUUUAUAUGCUGAACGAAAUUUAUAAGUAACAAGCUGAACCGAAUAUUCUCUCGAAAUCUCUAUCGUGUUCUACCUCAAAUAAUGGGUAAGAGAAAAGCCGCGACUAGCGCAAACAAUCCAAAUCAAGAUUUGUGUGACUUUUUGACGGAAUUGGCUGAUUACGAACGAAAUGUCAGCAAGAAUGUUUACAAAUACAACGCGUAUCGCAAAGCAGCUGGAACGUUAAGUGCUCUGCCUGAGAGAGUCAAAAGUGGAGAGGAAGCAAAGAAAUUGCCUGGAAUUGGAGUAAAAAUUGCAAAGAAGAUAGACGAAUUUCUUCAAACAGGGAAACUGCAAAAAUUAGAAGAUAUUAAAAAAGAUGAAAAUAAUGUUGCCAUAAGUUUGUUGGCCAGAGUAUCGGGCAUAGGUCCUGCAAAAGCAAAGGAAUUAGUAGAUGCUGGCAUCAAGACAUUGGAAGAACUCAAGAAACAUCAGAACAAGCUCACACAUCAUCAAAAACUUGGAUUACGGUACUUCGAUGAUUUUGAGAAAAAAAUACCCAGAGCAGAAAUUAAACAAAUCGAGAAGAUAUUGAAGAAUGUCAUAAAAGAAUUGGACAAUGAUUAUCUCAUAACCAUCUGUGGGAGUUACAGACGUGGCAAAGAAGAAAGUGGAGAUAUUGAUGUUCUCAUAACACAUCCUAAUUAUAUAUCGACAUCUAAGAAAAAAACUGUAUCAUUGAAAGCAAUUGUUGCCUGUUUUGAAAAGAAACGGUUGAUUACAGACACACUCUCUCUUGGAAGCAGUAAAUUUAUGGGAGUAUGUCAAUUGUCGAAGGAUAAACCUUUCAGAAGGUUGGACAUACGUCUCACAUAUCACGAUCAAUAUUACUGCGCUGUACUUUAUUUCACGGGAAGUGAUCUGUUCAAUCAGAAUAUGAGAGCACAUGCAUUGGAGAAGAAAUACACUCUGAAUGAAUACACACUGAAACCUCUUACAGCAAAAGAUUGUCCGGGAGACCCUGUACAAAUUACGUGUGAAGAAGAUAUUUUUAAGAUCUUGGGUUUGCCGUACAAAGAGCCAAAAGAUAGAAAUGUUUAAACGAUAUAAUAUUUUUUUAUAACUGAUAAUUUAUUUACACAAAUAUAUUGUAAUAUGUAUUUCAUGUAU